AUGGAUAAAUAUGGUGAUCUACCAGAUAUAGAGAAAGAUGCACAAGAGAUAUUCGAGACUUCAGAUGUCGAGAGUGAUAUCGAAUAUGCUUCACCCCAAGAAAUUGAACAAACAACUCCAACAGAAUUAAAUGUUGAUAAUUUACCACUGGAAGCAAAAGGAAUAUUUUCAAACAGUCAUAUCUCAGGGAAUCGGGCUGUUGAUUUCCUGGGAAGUAUACAUAAUCAGUUAUAUGAUAGUGGAUAUUAUGUUGCUGAAGUCGAAGAAACGGUAGAUGAGAAGCUUUCAAGAAUAGCGAGAGAAUUGGAAGAAAUAAAAUUAGAAAAGGAUAUGAUGAUAACCCCAGAAACCACAACCGAAACGAAUAAAUUAUUACAAUUGUUAAAUAAUUUGAAGAAAUCUGAACCACCCAUUAGAUCAGAGAUUUUGAGUUCAGAGCAAUUAAGAAUAGAUGGUAUUUUCAAUCAAAUAAAACAACAGCAAGACGUGCAAUCAAUAUCAAGAAUAAAGGAUGGACAAGAAGGUUUGAUAAGUCUUGAAGAUCGACUUAGUUCUAUAGAAAAACUAAUUGGAGAAGAUGUACUUCUAGAAGUUGGCAAGAAACCUAUAAGCUCUAUACAAAAGACAUUGAAUGAUCUUGAAAGGAAAAUAUCAAUUGUUAAUAAUCCUGAAUAUAAUUUUGAGAAUGUAACUAAACAACUUGAUACAUUGAAUAAAGAAAUGGAUAAGAUGGAAAUGAGAAAGAAAUUAUUCAAUCUUACAGAUAUUUAUGAUAUUGGUGGUCUGAAAGAUGAUAAUUCAAAGGAUGAUAAUAGUAUUAUUGAUUCAUUAGUGGAGAAAUUACCGGAAAUCAAGAAGAAUAAUGAGAUAAUUCCAUUGAUUCUUAAACGAUUAAAGACUUUGAACAAUAUCCAUAAUGAUAUGAAUAUUAAUGUUGAACUUUCUAAAAAUAUGGAUCAAAUAAUAACUGAUUUGAAAAUUGAUAUUAAGAAUUGGGAUAAUUCAAUAAAUCAAAUUUAUGAAAAUAUUGAAAAUUAUUCCCAGAAUUUUGAAAAUAAUUCUAAAGCCAUGCAAACAAGAUUGGAACAAUUGUCACUUAAGAUUGAAGCUUUAGAUAUUGAUUGA